AUGUCCGACUCCGCUAAGCUCGCUCCUCUCUUCGCCCAGAUCGGCGAAGCGUGCAUCGAGAUCUCCAAGGUCUUCGCCGGCGGCGUCGUCCUCGGCAAGCGCGGCGCGAGCGGCGAGCUCGUGGACGACAACGGGAAGCCGAUCAAGAAGAAGAAGGAGAAGCGCGCGCCGCGAGCGCCGACCGCGUUCAACCUCUUCAUGAAGAAGGCGGUCGCGGAAGUGAAGGCCGAGACCCCGGGCAUGAACCCCAAGGAAAUCUUCGCGAAGUGCGCGGCGAAGUGGAAGACGUCCCCGGAGAACCCGAAGAGCGGGUUGGGGUCGCUCGGCGCCGCGAAAAAGAUGACCCCCGGCAAGAAGCCAGUGAAGAAGUAA